AUGAGACUAUUUAUUAGUUUACUUCUUAUUUUAACUAUUACCUUAUCCGUUGUAACUUCACAAAAAAAUCCACAAAAAUGUGGUGCUAAUGAAGAAAUAAAUGAGUGUGGAGGAAGAUGUGAACUUAAUUGUGGUGAUCCUGUAGACAAACCUUGUCCUUUAAUUUGUGAGUCACCAAAAUGUGUAUGUUCAAAGGGUUUCAGAAGAAAUCAAGUAACUGGAAAAUGUGUUAGACCUUCCAACUGUCCAACAACUCAAAGACCAACAACAUGUGGAGAGAAUGAAAUAUACACAACAUGUUCUUCAGCUUGUGAACCAACUUGUGGAGUUGAGAAUCAAGUUUGUCCAGCUGUUUGUGGACCACCAAAAUGUGAGUGUAUUUCUGGAUACAAAAGAAAUCCACUUAACGGAAAAUGUGUCACUCCAUUAAAUUGUCCAGAUCUUAAAAAUGAAUUAAGUUGUGGAGCAAAUGAAAUUGUUGUUGAUUGUCCACCAAGAUGUGAAGCAACAUGCGAUAAUCUUAAUGUAAGUUGUCCUCCUGUUUGUGGAAUACCAGGAUGUGUAUGUGCUCCGGGAUAUGUUAGAACACCAGUAUCAGCUGAAUGCGUAAAAAUAUCUGAAUGUUUUGGUAAUGACCCAUCACAAAACUGUCAAAUUAAUGAAGUUUUCAAUCAAUGUUCCUCACUUUGUGAACCAACCUGUGAAAAUCAAAACCCAACAUGUGUAAAAAGCUGUGGUCCACCAAAAUGUGAAUGUAUUACAGGAUAUGUAAGAAACACUGUAACAGGACAAUGUAUCAGACCACCCCAAUGUCCCGCAAAGCCACCAAGCAAACCAGUAUGUAAGGCAAAUGAAGUUUACAAUGAAUGUGCCUCACCUUGUGAACCAACCUGUGAAAAUCAAAAUCCAACAUGUGUAAGAAAAUGUGAUCCACCAAAAUGUGAAUGUGUCACAGGAUUUGUAAGAAACACUAAAACAGGUGAUUGCAUCAGACCAUCCCAAUGUCCCAGAAACCCACCAAGCAAACCAGUAUGUAAGAGAAACGAAGUUUACGUUGAAUGUUUUACGGCUUGUGAACCAACUUGUGAAAACCCAAAUCCAACAUGUGUUAAAAAAUGUAAUCCACCAGGAUGUGAAUGUGCUCCAGGAUUUGUAAGAAAUACUAGAACAGGAGAAUGUAUCUAUUUAUCACAAUGCCCCAGAGUUCCUCCAAAUGUACCAGUGUGCGGAGGAAGAAAUGAAGUUUUCAAUCAAUGUUCCUCACUUUGUGAACCAACCUGUAAAAAUCAAAAUCCAACAUGUGUAAAAAGCUGUGGUCCACCAAAAUGUGAAUGUGCUAGAGGAUUUGUAAGAAACACUAAUACAGGAGAUUGUAUCAACCCAUCCCAAUGUUCUAGAAGCCCCCCAAGUACACCAAGAUGUCAACAAAAUGAAAUUUACUUUGAAUGUUCAUCUUUAUGUGAACCUAGCUGUGAUAAUAGAAAUCCUGUCUGUGCUUUGGCGUGUGGACCACCAAAAUGCCAAUGCAAGCAAGGUUUUUAUAGAAAUUCAAGAAACGGAAGAUGUGUUGAAAGCCGUCAAUGUCCAAGAGGCAGUAGACCAUAA